CACCCACUUCUUCAGUUCUUCGUUCACCUUGCUGAGCGCUCCCAUCUUCCUCUUCCCGCAGCAUACAAUGUAUAAAAGAUGAACACUUGUAGUGUCCUCGGGCCAAUCCUUGUUCUUGUGUCCUCGCUCUCCCGUACGUCUUCUUCCCCUUCUGCACGAGCUCGGACCAGCAUGGCCCCAGAGCGCGCGAAGUUGCGGGGUUCGUUGAUUUGCUCGUGCUUCCUGCUUCUCCUGCUGGCUUACUCUCGCGUCGCCUCGUCGCAGAAGGUCGUCACCACGCUUCCUGGCUACGAUGAUGAUCUGCCCUUCUAUCUUGAAACUGGGUACAUUGGUGUGGGGGAACUGGAGGAGUCACAGCUGUUUUACUACUUUGUGGAGUCACAGAGGUCCCCUGCGCUGGACCCAGUCAUGCUUUGGCUCACUGGAGGCCCUGGUUGCUCUGUUCUCUCUGCUUUCUUCUAUGAAAGCGGUCCAGUGGAAUUCACUUAUGUUGGCUACAACGGGAGCUUGCCAUCACUACAUUUGAACCCUUAUACUUGGACACAGGGCCUCAACAUCAUAUACGUAGAUGCGCCAAUUGGCACGGGAUUCUCUUACUCAACAACUGCAGAGAAUUAUUACAUUGAUGACUAUAGAUCUUCUGAAGAGAUCUACCAGUUUCUGAGAAAGUGGUUGAUAAAACAUCCUCAGUUCUUAAAAAAUAUACUGUACAUUGGUGGGGAUUCUUACUCUGGCGUACCACUUCCGAUGGUUGUUAAGAAAAUAUAUGACGGUAAUGGUGAUGGUGUUGUGCCAUACAUGAAUCUUAAAGGAUAUGUGCUUGGAAAUCCAAAAACAGAUGACUACGUCGACGACAAUUCGAGAGUCACAUUUGCCCACCGACUUACCCUCAUAUCAAGUGAAUUGUACGAGGAAGCUACGGAAGCUUGUAAUGGUGAUUUUGUGAACGUAAAUACAAGCAACACAGACUGUGUCACAGACGUUGGCGCCAUCGAUGUGAUGUUGGAAGAAAUAAAUCUAAUGCAUGUUCUGGAACCCACCUGCCAAGUUGCAUAUUCAAGACCGGUUAAAUCAAUCAGAGGAGAAAGAGUAGUGUUUGAAGAAAAUUACGAAAAUUUCCUAGCUACAGGAGCCAAGCCUGCACAUUGGUGUAGGGAAUAUAAUUAUGUUCUCUCUACCAUAUGGGCUAACGACAAGAGUGUCCGAGCUGCUCUUGGUGUUCGAGAGGGGACCAAAGGUGUCUGGAACCGGUGCAAUAGCAGUUUAGCCUAUACAAAGACUGUCACUAGUACUGUAGGUUACCAUAGAAAUCUGAGUACUACAAACCUCAGAGCUCUUAUAUAUAGUGGUGACCAUGACUUGUCCGUUACGCACAUUGGUACACAAAACUGGAUCUAUUCUCUCGGUCUGACUUUGUACGACGUUUGGAGGCCGUGGUUCGUCGAUGGCCAAAUUGCAGGGUAUACACAGGAGUUCAUCAAUGAUGAUUUCACUCUAGAUUAUGCCACCAUAAAGGGCGCUGGCCAUGUUGCUCCAGAGUACAAGCCUAAGGAAUGCUACGAAAUGAUGGAUCGCUGGCUUGCUUACUACCCUCUAUGAAGAUCGACAGUUAGAAGCUGCGACAACCUUCCGCACCAUGAUUUUUGUCCUAGACACUUAUGAGGGCACACUCUAUGUAGUUUUUAGGGGCGAAUAAUUUGCGAGAUCACCCUGUUUUUCGUAUGUUCUUCACUCCACGUGAAAUAUAAAAAAAAUACAUAAAGGGAGUGGUCGUUCGAAGUCACCUGCAAAUUGCAGGAUAAAUCGCGUAAUCUGCUAAUCCUAAUUAUAA